AUGGAAAACCUAACGCCAGAGCAAUGGCGAGAGAUUAUGAGCAAGAAGAUGCGGUUCUCUCCAGCGCUCAUCAGUGCCAUUCAGGAGGGGGAAACAGCGCUGCUGUGCGGACUCUUGAAGACAGGUGACGGCAUUACCCGCCAGCUGGAUGAGUCUGAGGAUCGUCAGUGGAGGGAGGCCCUCAACCUCUCCAUCCGCUUGGGCAACGAGGAUGCCAUGGACGCCCUCCUGCAAGGAGUCAAGUUUGACUUCCGGCAGAUUCAUGAGGCUCUGCUAGUCGCCGUGGACACCAACCAGCCCAUAGUGGUGAAGCGUCUCCUGGACCGCUUGGAUCAGGAGAAAGGGAACAAGAUGGACGUACGAUCCUUCUCUCAGGCCAUAUUUGAUCGUUCUGUUGACAACUCUCAGUUUGCCCCUGGUGUGACCCCUCUGACUUUAGCCUGCCAGAAAGACCUGUACGAGAUUGUUACCAUGCUCACCCAGAAAGGCCACGUCAUCCCGUGGCCACAUAAGAUCUCCUGCGCCUGUUUGGAGUGUUCUAACGGCCGGCAGUAUGACCUGCUGAAGUUCUCCCUGUCUCGCAUCAAUACCUAUCGCGGCAUUGCCAGCCGUGCCUACCUGUCCAUCACCUCUGACGAUGCCAUGCUCAGCGCCUUCAGUCUCAGCAGAGAACUCCGUAAGCUGUCACAGAAAGAGCCAGAGUUCAAGCCUCAGUACCUGAGCCUGGAGCAGAUCUGUCAGGAGUUUGCCGUGGAGUUGCUGGGCAUGUGUCGCAACCAGAGCGAGGUAACCACUAUUUUGAACAGCUGUGGAAAUGAAACUCAGGAUUCCUUGGAUGAACAGGCCUUUGAGGAAGGAAUCCCCAGCCUGUCUCGCCUGCGGCUUGCAGUCAACUACAACCAGAAGUUUAAUGAGACCUUCCGCUUCCUAUUCUGGACCAUGUUUGGAGUUGUAAACCAGGAAUAUGUGGACAUGCCAGAGUUUGUGUUGGCAGAAUUUGUAGGAAGGAUCCUGUAUGGCAUCUUCACUCUUGUCAUUGUCAUUGUACUUCUCAACAUGCUUAUUGCCAUGAUAACAAACUCCUUUCAGAAAAUUGAGGAUGACGCGGACGUUGAGUGGAAAUUUGCCAGGUCAAAGCUGUACCUCAGCUACUUCAGAGAGGGCCUCACCAUGCCUGUGCCUUUCAACAUCAUUCCCUCCCCCAAAGCCAUUUUUUACAUCCUAAGGGGCAUCUUUAGACGAAUCUGCUGCUGCUGCACUUGUUCCUCUGAGCAAAAAUAUCCCCCCAUAGCCUCUAUAUCCAAUGAUAAGGGGUCUGAAGAUGGCCAGUUAUCGUACCGUCAGCAGGUGAUCACGGCACUGGUGCAGCGCUACAUUGAGUCAGCUCGCAGGGAGUUUGAGGAGACCAAGAGGAAAGAUAUUGGAAAUCGAAUGACUGAGCUGAGCAAAGCGGUCGCCAGGAUGCACAACGAUCUGAAAGUCGCCCAGCAGUACGCAAUGGAUGAUGGAAACGAUACAAGCGAUGCCCUGACCAAGAAUGGCUCCUCUGUACUGGGGAAAUACAUCACUGGUGCCAAGAACAAUUUCAGAGGUUUUACCACCAGACAAGAUGACAAAUGCACAGCUCUUAAGGUGACUGUGCACAGCAUUGAGGAAAAGCUGGAUAAAGAAAAGUUUGAAGCACAGAUGGAAUCAGACAUUCAACAGAAUGAGGUGGAUGAAUGUAGAGACGAGGGACAGUUUCCUGACUCUGUUGUGGUGAAGAUGGAGGAAGGCCGAGCUCAGGCUGAACAAGAGGAAAAGAAGGAAAUUAACUCAGAUGAGAAGGAGAAAGCAGCCAAAAGUGAAAUUAGUGUAAAUAAAGUGAAAGAGGAGAAAAAAGGAGGAAACGGUUUUAUUAACACAGAAGAAACGGUGAGUGACGAGGCCACGGAUGAAGAAGCAGAAACCCUAAAUGAAGGAGGGAUGAACAAAGAGGGAAGAGUGCUGGAUGAACACAUGACCUCUGCACAUGCCGAGAGCAUCGAAGUGAGUGACGAAAAUAUAGAAACCCAAAAAAUAAUCAGCAAGUUCAAUCACAUUGAGCUGCAAGAAAAAAAAGCAGCACAACCGAGCUGGAUGAACGGAAGAAAGCCUGAGCAUAAUGUAGCAGAGACGCCUCACAAUGAAAAACCUGAAAUGAAGAAAAUGAUUCCUUCACCUACAGGAAGCAGCAGCUCCCAGGACACAGGCUUUGGUUCCCAAGAGGGGGAAGAAUCGAUCGAUGGCACACCAGUGAGACCUUAACCUGUGAGGUGACCUUGCUGCCUCUUUGGUCACUUUAUGCAAUAUCUGACAAGAGUCUGCAGUUGAGCAGAGUUUUGAGAUGUCCACUUUUUCCCCCCAUGUCUUAAAAAGUAAACAAAGGAUCAGCAGAGAAACUGUCAGUUUGCAUGCAAGAUAUUUUCCACUACCUAAAAACAUUUACUUUUAUCCAUUCAUCUUUAGAUUGCCAAACAUUUUGUCAUGUAGUCUAUUUCUAAGCCCAAGGAUGAAAACUGCAGAGGCUUGCCAGCAAUGCUUUAGACCUUCUUCAUACCUUUAGAAAACCCCUCUUUAGAUGUCUUGCAGUUUGUGUGCAGAUCAAACAAAGUAUAGUUGAAAGUUUUAAUAAAUGAGCUUUAAGGAUGUUUG